CAAAGUCAACAAAUGCCGUGAAGGUAAAAAGGUAUUUGAACCAUAAAAAACCCGAUUCUUGGAUCAGCUUCAUAAAUUCGACACUGGAAUGAAUAUUCUUCCGAUUACAUCUUCUCUUUAACCACUGUGAGUUAACCCAUUUAUUCUACUUCCAGCUUAAUCUUUGAGCUUUGUUAGCUGGGUUGGUUCUGUUAAUUUCCACAACUACGGGGUUUUCUGAAAUUUGAGAUGGGGAAUUCUCUAAUUAUUCCGUUAAUUUUUGAGUGAUGUCUCUGAAAUUUGAGAUGGGUUUUGUUUUUUCUUGAUGUGGAAAGUAAAGGUCUUGAAUUUGCUGUAAACGGUUGUUGUUUCAAUGGGUGAGACAGAGGUGACCACGACGAACGUAAACGUUGGCAAGAACGAGAGAAAUGGGCAGCUCAAGGCCUUUGAUCUGGCGUUUUCCAAAGCGUUGUUGCAGGUUCCUCAGAAGCUGCAAAAUUGUGUAAAGUCGCAGCUAAGGAGACUGGUAAAGGAUGACGGAGUGAAAACGGUGAGCUGUCUACCGAAAAAGGCUGCAUCUUUGGAGCUUGACUUGGAGAAGCAGUUGCAAGCAUGGAGAGAAAAUCCUUCUUGGGUUGAUCAACCACCAGAUAUGAAGAUUCAACUGGCAACAGCUCUCUCUUUGGAAACUGAAGAGGAAGUGAUAUCCAGAAACGUUUUGGUCGAUGAAGGUCAUAGGCAGGUCGUUGAACUGGAGCAAGCUGCUAUAUGGAAGUUUCUUUGGUGGUCAGGGACCUUUGCGGUUCAUGUUUUAGUAGAUCAAAACAGAAAAGAUCACUCAAUGAAGUUCAAGCAAAUCAAAACAGGGUUUAUGGAGAAAUUUGAAGGCUGCUGGAGAAUGGAACCUCUUUUUGUCGAUGAAAAGACCUGCUUUCCGUUCAAACCCAAGACAUGGGCAGAUUAUAAUUCUUGCACAGGAGGCAAAGGAAGGAUCGGUUCAAAGUUGAGCUUGGAGCAACUGAUCCAGCCAUCUAUAGUUCCACCCCCACCUAUUUCUUGGUACCUACGGGGAAUCACCAGCAAGACUACUGAGAUGCUGAUAAACGACAUGCUUGCGGAAGCUGCCAGAUUACGAGGAGAGUUAAAUCCUGAAGAGUCUAAUAAAGAGAACGAAAUGUCUCAGGACAGGGAAGUACUUAGUCGCGUUGAUAAUGUAUCUGACAUCAAAGAAAGAUGGGCUUUGCACAGGAGGAACGCAAAGCAAUGCCAUCGGAGGCUACCGCCUGUCAAAUGAUCGAAUUCUGUUGAGUUAGUAAUCAAUGCCAGCAUUUAUCCCUAUUCGUUAUGAUUGAAAUUGAUACGUAAUACCGUCAAUAAUCCGUCGAGUGUAGUGGCCUUUGCGCUGUGUAUCAACUCCUCUUCCUUUCGACGAGGGUGGAGGAUGAGAUCGAGGAUGAUUCAAUCCCCAUGUAUGUUGUACAUUCUGAUUGCCUGUCAGAAACUGUUUGUUGCGUCUGUCUUGUACGUUAAUGUUGUAAUGGCAUUGAAAGAAGAUGUUAUAAUUUGCACUAAACAUUAUGUUUUUGUGGUCA